GGGUACGAGUUGACCGUGAACCCCUUGAACCUCAACGAGAAGAGAAAACAUCACACAUUGCAUGAUUGCAAUGACAUCCAGAUCAACACCUUCUCCAGUCCCAGACAGAGCAACAUAUGGAUUCGUCUCGUAUUUGUUAUGCUACAUUUUAUUUGGUAUAUUUCUGAUUUGGACCUAUAUUCCUCGCACAUACUUGGAAGGGAUUGGUCUUACAUACUGGCCAAGCAAGUUUACGGCAGUUUCCAUCCCGCCUUUCCUCUGUGUAUUAUUCUUAGUCUAUAAUAUACUCUAUGAGGGGCUAAUUUUCAUCAACACAGCACCAUUUCAGUCUCUCGAUACUAUUUCAGAUUCAGAGAAAGAGAAAUUUGACUAUUUGCCAAGGGAUGCCAUUAAUCCAAUUGAAGAUAUAUCAAUAAUUAAUGUGAACAUGACAUUGUAUAGAAGUUACUGAAUCACUAUACUCAUCAUUCAAUGACCUUUUUGUGUUGCUAAUGUCAUUACUUUACAUGCAUGUUUGGAAAGGCAGCAAAUUCAAUAUGUUAAGGAAGUACUCCAUUCGCAGCAUAAAGAAACGUUCCAGAUUCAUUUGGGCCCCACCUAUAGGUAGAAGAUUUAUAGUGAUCAGCCUGUGCACGUGUCUGAGUGUCUGUGUAUCCGUGCAUUGACAGUUUUCCGGAUUUGUUUUGGCAAUCCCUGCAGCUAUUGAAUUAAAAAAUUCAUGAACAUAUAUUUGUACAAUUCCAAUGAUUUUGCUUUUAUAUCUGUACAAAUUGUAGUAAUAAACAUUUCAUCAUGAAU